GCAGGUAAAAGGCGAGGUGAGGCGGCGACUGACCACUCCUGUUCCGCGACCCAGGCACGGCACACCACGCCCUCCUCCUACUCCAUAAUCCAGCGCUGUGAGGCAGACGUGAAGAUGACCGCCACCGCCGCCGCUGUGUUGCUGCUGGUGGGGCUGCCGUGGACCAUGCGCGGGGCCUCGGCAUUGCCCGGGCCCCUCAGCGCGCCCUUCCGUCCCAGGAGCGGCCUGGCCGAGGGCGUGCUCCCCGUGCGGUGGGCCUCGGCCUGCUCGCCGCGCCUGGCCCUCCUGCGCCGCCACCAGGACGCCAUGCUGCAGUGCGAAUUGUACGCCCCCGCCGGCACCGACCUCACCUGGCUCAAGGACGGCCAGCAGCAUCUCCCGAAGACUCCCACGGCGCCUCCCAGCCCGGCCGCCGCGCCCUACGCCGUCCCAAGGCAGGCCAGGCAAUGCCGACGGGACGCAAGGAAGGAACCGCGCCCGUCCACGAGGAGCGCGCUACUGCAUAUCUCAACGGGGACCUAUAUUGACUGUGCCUCCCCCGCCCACCAGGGUCACUAUACGCUGAGGGUCACAACGCCCAAUAGACACGUUUACACCAGGAACUUCUCAGUGGUCCUAACAAGCGAGUCUGCGAGUCCCGCCAACACCUGUUAUCUGGGUCCGGAGUUCGUGACGCAGAUCCCCCGCGUGUGGUUUUACGUCCGCCGCGCUAGAGGAACCACCGGGGGGAGUCUGGUGCUUCCCUGCCGCGUGCUGGACCAGGGCAUGACGACCGUGUGGCACUUCCGCGGCGCCCGGCUCCUGCCCGGUCUCAUCAACUACAAGUAUGAGGUGCUGGCCUCCGGGGACCUCGUGGUGCAGUGCCUGGAGCCUGGUGACGCGGGGCUCUACACCUGCACCGCCUACAACACCGUCAAGCCCUAUCUCUUCGACCGCGUUCACACCUGGCUCACCAUGCCCAAGGGAGCGCCGGCAAUGGACCAGGACCGCCCGGAGUAGCUGGCCGGCCGUCACCUGUAGCAUCUGAUGGGGAGUCGUGCGCGCGGCUCACCUGACAGGCUGACCCGUGUGGCGCCGCGCCCCUCCACAGCGUCACCCACUGAGCAUUUCCCUUCCUUAAAUAACACAAGAUAAUAAUUUUUUCCUCCCGUCGUUAUAUUGCACAAAGCGCUUCUGUAGUGUAGGGUAAUAAGAGGUCUGAUCCUAAUUUAAUAGCUCCUAAUAAGGUACACACACACACACACACACACACACACACAGGCGGCGGCUGAGUGGUAGCGUGCUGGGCCCACAUUCACCACGCGAUGGACGACGCGGGUUCGAAUCCCCACGCUACCACCUGGGAUUUUUCAGUCACCGCCGAGUGGCUUAAAACUACCCACAUGCUGUCCUGAAGACCACCCAUCAACCCGGACUCUAGCGGAAACCGUCCAAGUGAAUCAAGGAGUUCCGGGGGGCAGCAUGAGCCAGGAGAAGAUGGCGCCACUAUAAACACUUGCCUGCGCCAUGACGGGCUGGGGCCAAACACCAUCCAGGCCCCUCAAGCAAGCCUACCGGCGGUAUAGGCGUACACGUAAAAAAAUAUAUAAAAAAAAUAUCGUUCGUUUAGUUAACUAUUUAUGUUAUAUCUUUACCUAGCUGUUACUAUAUAUGUAGGAGUACCCAAAGACUUCACUUAUUUAUUUAAUACAUGGUUAGUCCUUUA